AUGAAAACCAACUUGAAGAUUGAAUCAUUGAAAGGGUUGUCUUUGUCUCUGCUAUUUGUUUUGAUGAUCGUGAUAUCUGGUUAUAGUGCAGCCCCCCUUGAAGACAACAUUGCAAAUUCCUCCUGCAUGUGCAACGCCACAACGGCUCAACGCAUACAAGAAGAUUCAGAUGUAGAUGGAAACCUUUUUCGUUAUCCAAGUACGGGAAAACAAGCCUUUUGCAACUCAGCUAUAUACGGCAAUUGCAUAAGACCCUUCGGUGCCCGGAAUCGGCCAUGUACCUUCUACAAUCGAUGCAAGCGAAAGUGA